AUGCUUCCGACGACACCCACCCUCCCUGCACAAAACCAACCGGCCCGGACCCCCUCCGCUAAGCCUCGAACACGGGCUGAGAAGAAGCUCCGAGCGGAGAAGAAGCUUCCGGCUUCGAAGGACGCCGCCGAGAAGAAGAAGAAACGUCCGAAGAAGAGAGUGGGGACCAACAAGACCUACAUCUUUAAGGUCCUGAAGCAGGUGCACCCUGACAUUGGGAUAUCGAGCAAGGCCAUGGGGAUUAUGAACAGUUUCAUCAAUGACAUAUUUGAGAAGCUGGCUGCCGAGUCUUCCAAGCUUGCGAGGUACAAUAAGCAGAUGACAAUCACUUCGAGGGAGAUUCAGACUGCGGUGAGGUUGGUGCUUCCUGGUGAGCUUGCUAAGCACGCUGUUUCUGAGGGGACUAAGUUUACUACUACUAAUUAG